CUAGUCUUUCUUCUUGGGAGAUCAUUGGGGUUGAAGUCUCUAUACUCCUUAUCUUUCGAAAGAUCGUCCGAAAAGAAGCUGCUCAUAUCGUGUCUGAGUAAGCAAGCAACUGUGCAGCGAGAGAGCAUACUGCAAAGAAAGAAAGGAAGGAAGGAAGACAGGAAGAUGCAUCUGCGAAAGAGUGACGAGGUUUUGAGAGGUGGUGCCAUUGGCACUUCUGAUCAACAACUUCAUGGAAGAGAUGCACCAAAAUCGCCAUUCUCAAACUCAGCAACGGAACUCUUUGAUUCCUUCGAGAUGUCUGUCAAUGAACCAGAUUUGGAGUCGAUUCUGGAUAUCUUGAUAACAAGCUGGGUACUGUUAGUUCAACGGUAUCAACGAGAUUCAUUCAAUUGUGUCACUUGGGGUACCAAAAGUGUAGAGACCCAGACUUCUCAAUGCAUCACAGCUGCAGAAAUGGGUCUCGGAAGCUUUGCUACUAGCACGAAUUUGCUGGCCACAAUUCGAAGCCUCCGGCUGACAAGUCCAUCCGGAAACUCAGGAGAACUUACCGAGUUCUUUUUUCUCGAUGGAUCGGCAGACGAGUGGUCAUUCCAAGUUGAAAUCAAAUGCCAGCAAGGCAAGCUAUGGGUGAAGUCCCAGUGGCAACCUCCUACAAUGUCACAGUAUCAAGCCUCCGCACAGUUGUGCUUCUUCAAGAGAACUCUUGACAGCAUGUUCACUAAGAGCGACAUUGAUAUCUCAAAUUUCAAUCAGAUAUCAGAAGACGAGCUGGAUACGAUAUGGAAUUGGGGCACACCUCUCCCUCCGGCGCUCAACACAUGCAUGCACGAUCUCAUCUCCGAAAAAGCAGCAUUGCAUCCAGAGAAGUCUGCGGUAGAGGCUUGGGACGGUAAUUUGACUUACGCGGAGGUGGAUAAGUAUUCCACUGAGUUGGCGCAAACUCUACUGCUGCUUGACGAUUCCCCCGACCAAAUCAUACCAGUGCUGUUCGAGAAGUCACGCUGGACCGUAGUAGCUGUUCUCGCGAUCAUGAAAGCGGGAGCUUGUUUUGCGCUACUUGAUCCAGCACAACCAGAGGGUCGCCUGCGUGCCAUCACCCAGCAAAUCAAUGCGACUAUGCUCAUUUCUUCUAAGACGCAAACAUCAUUAGGGGCGCGCAUAGCAUCGGGCGCCGCUAUAAUCCCAGUAUCAGAGUCGAAGUUUUCCAAAGUGUACAGUCCUAUGGCAGAAGAUCAGCCAAAAACUAGUCUUCCGAGAGUCUCGCCUUCGUUACCCUUAUACAUCCAAUUCACAUCCGGAUCGACUGGAUUACCCAAAGGUUGCAUAAUAACCCAUUGCCAGUAUACUUCCGGGGCGAUGCCUCGGGCUUACUGCGUCGGAUAUAAAGCGCAUUCUCGCGUACUGGAUUUCGCUAGUUAUGCAUUUGAUGUUUGCAUCGACUCUAUGCUUUGCACGUUAUCGCAUGGCGCAACUUUGUGCACAUUAUCCGAGGAGCGUCGGAUGAAUGACCUCAGUGGUGCCAUGCGAGAUAUGCACGUUACACUGGCUGGGAUGACUCCUUCUGUCGCACGUACUCUUGAUCCAGACAUUUUACCGCAACUGGAAUCUCUCGCAGUCGGGGGGGAAGGUAUCUCUGCUAGCGAUGCAACAGCAUGGCAACAACACACUACGGUUGUAAACUGCUAUGGGCCAUCUGAAUGCACUGUAGGAGCAACGUAUAACAACCAAGUGGGAGAAAAACCUUAUAUCAGUAUGGGAAGGGGGAAAGGCUGCAUAGUCUGGGUAGUAGAUCCUACAGACCAUAACAAACUUGUCCCGCCCGGUGCGGUUGGUGAGCUUAUUAUCGAGGGUCCUUUGGUGGGGAAUGGGUACCUGAAUAAUCCAGCCAAAACAAAAGAAGUCUUCAUUGAAGACCCUAGGUUUCUUACUGCAGGCAGCAAGAAGUUUACUGGACGACAUGGUCGGGUUUAUAAAACAGGCGAUUUGGUACGAUACGAUCCAGACGGUACUGGCGAAGUAAUCUUUGUUGGGCGCCAGGAUCAACAAGUCAAACUUCGAGGACAGCGCAUUGAACUCGCAGAGAUCGAAUACAACAUGCAGAAACAUCUAUCCCUAGAUGCGCAAUUAGCCGUGGAAGUCAUCAAGCCGGGCGGUACAGGAGAGCCUACACUAGUCGCAUUUCUAGUUGAACAAAAGAAAGAGAAGAAAGGCAACGGCAUGCGACACCUGGAUGGAGACGUAUUUGCUGCCUUCUCCUCCGCCUUUCAAAAAUCCUUGGCGGAGAUGAUUAAAAAGCUUCAUGAGGUGCUGCCAGUUUAUAUGGUGCCGAGUGCCUUCAUUCCACUGUGGAAAAUGCCACUGCUCGUAUCGUGCAAGACAGACCGCAAGAGAUUACGAGAAAUCGGAACCUCGAUCACCCGAUUGGAUCUAAGGAGAUUCAGUGCAGCCAUGAGCGAGAAAUCGACACCGACAACUGAAAUGGAGAUACAGCUCGGUAAACUUUGGGCAAAAGUCCUCGGAGGUGAUGCCGACUUUAGCGCGAACGACAACUUCUUCAGUAUGGGUGGUGACUCUUUAAGAGCUAUGAAGCUAGUUGCAGCGGCACGAGAAGAUGGUGUUCAAAUAUCGGUUCCGGACAUCAUGCUAAACUCGUCGCUAUCGGGCAUGGCUUCCAAAGCUAAAAAGCUAGACGAAAGAGAGUCUAACGAUAUCGCCCCAUUCUCACUGCUACCGCGAGACUGGGAGAUCGGUCUUGUUACCAAAGAGGUUGCAGAUCUUUGUGAAAUCAGAGAGAGUGAAGUGGAGGAUGUCUACCCAUGCACACCUCUCCAAGAAGGAUUAAUGGCUCUUUCCGCGAAAUUUGCCGACGCAUAUGUUGCUCAACGCAUGGUUGAACUUCCUAUAUCUGACGCGGAGAAAGUAUAUCAAUCCUUCGAAAAGGCCGCAGCAGAGUCCUCUAUCCUACGCACAAGAAUUGUCAAUAUAUCUGGUCGCGGUCUCUACCAAGUGGUUCUUAGAAACGGAGAACUUGCUCGUGAUCACGGCACAGACGUCGCACAGUACCUAGUAGUUGACCGCAAGGAACCUAUGGAACUUGGGAAAGCACUGUUCAGAUAUGGUAUUAUCCGUGACUCCGAAAAUGGCACGGCUCAUAUCGCCAUCACCAUGCAUCAUGCAGUCUACGACGGCUGGUCCAUGCCUUUGACUCUCGAGAGAGUAAAUCGCGCUUUCAACAAUCUGGAAAUGCCGCCUACAACAUCUUUCAAACGCUUCAUACAGUAUCUUACUCAACUAGACCCCUCUGUGUCACAAGAGUACUGGCGCAAACAACUUGAGGAUGUAACGCCCCACCAGUUCCCACCGCUACCGUACAAGGGCUACAUUACUCAAGCAGACUCUCUUCUAGAGCAUUACGUGACUGUUCCCACCACGGCCCAUUCUCGUCUUACUCUUGCCACCAUUAUUCGUGGCGCUUGGGCGCUCGUGUCUAGCUUGUAUCUUGGCCAUAACAACGUUGUCUUCGGCGAGACUUUGACUGGCCGUUCGGCUUCUGUCCCGGGUAUUGAACAAAUCGAAGGCCCUAUGAUCACGACUGUUCCCAUUCACGUCCGCCUGAACAUGAGUCGACCAAUUUCCGAGUUUUUGCAUUCGAUUCACGGUCAAACAGUAAAUCAGAUCCCACACGAACAUCUCGGCUUACAAAACAUCCGUCGAUUGAGCAAGUCUGCACGCAUCGCCUGUGACCUUCGUACUGGUUUGGUACUCCACCCUAAGGAGGAUGAGAUUGCGGACACCGCAUUGGCGCACCACGACAAGCCUGCGAAUCGUUUCUUACCAACAGAUGAUGCUGAGGCGGCAAGGGAAGCGCUCAAGUUCAACACAUACGCUCUGAUGCUAGUAUGCACGCUGGAUGAAAAUGGCUUUCUCAUAAUGGCGAGUUUCGAUUCCAAAUGCAUCGCGAGCUCGGUUAUGGAGAAAGUACUUAAGGUGCUGGAUCGCAUUGUCACUGCUUUCCUCGGAAAUCCGGAGAGUAAGCUGGGCGAUCUCGCCGUGUUAGAUGAAAACGAACUAGAAGAUGCUCUCGCCAUGCGACCCAAGGACGCGAUGGUGGACAGUCUAGAGCCUUUGCAGGACGGCAAAGAUGAGUUGUCACUGGAGCUAGCCCAGGGUUCAACUCAAGAUGUCACGCCAAAUGAGAAGAUCUUGCUUGGAUUGCUUUCCAGGAUUCUAAGUAUUCCAGAGCAGGAUAUCAAGACAAGCGAUGGAUUUUUUGAGCUUGGGGGCGAUUCUAUCAGCGCCAUGCGCCUCGUCUCUGAGGCUAAAGCUUCUGGCCUCAAUAUCAGUGUGGCUCAGAUCUUCCAAAGUUCAUCGAUCUCUGCGCUUGCUGCUAAGAUAGUCAACGAGAAAGAAGAAAAGCUCAUCGCCCUGUUAAGUCGAGUGCUAAAUCUCGAAAAAGGCGAUAUCAUUCCAACGGAUGGCUUCUUUGAGCUUGGCGGCGACUCAAUCGGUGCUAUGAGAGUUGUUUCCGAAGCAAAGUCUCUUGGUCUCAAUCUUUCAGUAGCACAGAUCUUCCAGGCCACGUCGAUCAUUGAACUCGCUGCGAUGGCUGGGGAGCUUACUUCGACAGAGGGCAGUGUUAACAGCGAUAAAGUCACACCCUUCUCUACUCUGGCUACCGAUAAUGAAAUCUUUGGUACCGACCGCAUUCAGAAUCUUCUGGAGGAUUCAACUUGGGAGAUUGCCGACAUUUAUCCUGUCCGACCGCUACAAAAACUCGCUGUCGACGGGACAGUCGAUCUUCCACGAUACUCACUACGGUAUGAACUAAUCGCUUUUACUGCUGGAAUUGACAAGAAACGACUUGAGACCGCCUGUCAGGAAGUUGUUGGCAAAAACGAAAUUCUUCGGACCGUCUUUGUUCAAGAAGAAGAAAAGUGUUUAGGCGUCGUCGUUCGCUCAAUGACAAUCCCCUUCUCCGAAAUCUCUAUCCCCAACGACACCGAUACCAACGCCUUCAUCCAAGACUGGAUCAGAGAUGACAUCAAUGCGCCCAAGCCCUAUGGCUCGUCCUUCGUCAGUUUCACGCUCUUCACAACAUCCUCCGGACCCUCCACCCUCGCUUUCCGCAUCUCCCAUGCCCAAUACGACGAGAUGUGUCUCCCACUCGUCUUCCACCAACUCGCCGCUCUCUACGCAAACACCGCCCUUCCGCCCACCAUCCCCUUCACCAAACACGUCAACCACGUCGCACACAAUAACACGCCUCUCGCGCUCCCAUACUGGCGCAAUCUUCUUCAAAACUCCAAAAUGAGCAUUUACAAACCCGCGCUCCCCCUCACAAACCGCACGUCCGCCUCUCUCUACCGCGAGUUCGAUAUCUCUGCCCGUCCAACCGGCAUAACCAUCGGCACACUUCCCACAGCAGCAUGGGCGGUCGUACUCGCAAGACGUCUUGGCAUUCCCGACGUCGUGUUCGGGGAAGUGGUUACGGGACGUAACCUCGGGAUCCCAGAAGCUCAUCGCAUUAUGGGGCCUACAUGGCAAUAUGCGCCCUUCCGCGUCCCCUUCGAGAAAUCAUGGACGUACAUGGAUCUCCUUGCGUUCGUGCAACGACAGCACGUUGAAAGCGCGGCAUUCGAAGGAAUGGGACUUAGCGAGAUCGUGAAAGAGUGCGUUUCGGAGUGGGAGGGCGAUGGCGUGGAAUGGUUCGAUAGCGUUGUCCACCAGGCUCCCAGGGAGUGGGUUGAUGAGUUGGCAUUCGGGGCUAACGAUGGGGUCAAGGCCAAAUUUGAGACGGUGUAUCCGCAUGCGGAGCCUUUGAGGGAGUGGAAAGUACAGGCUUUUGUGUUGGAAGAUGGGAAAAAGCUGGGUGUUGAGAUUGUGACGUUUGAGAGUUGGAAAGGGGUUGGGGAGGAAAUUUUGGGGGAGAUUGGGGAAGUUUUGGGAGGGUUUUGUGGAGGAAAUGUCAAGGAAAACGUUGCGAUUUGAAGUAAGUACUAGUAUCUGGAUCCAUGAUCGUUAAGAAAUUGAUGAGAUGAAGUGGUGGGAGGUUAAGUUGUUUCUAGUCUUGUCCUGGAUGGCUCUUUCAUUGUUUUCCAUGUUUGUAAUUCCAACUUACUAUUACUUUUUCUUACAAUUGCACCUCUCCUCACCCACAUUUAGUGAUGGUAUACUGGAUCGAGCAUCGUGAUGAUCCCUAACUCUUGUUUUCAAUUUACGUACUUGUGUGCGACAAUGUGAUUCCUCCAUCAUACUCUGCACAUGUGAUGUAGCAUCUUGU